AUGUCUCAACCUAAUGACUACACAAUCGGCUGGAUAUGCGCCCUGAGUACGGAAUACGUUGCCGCACAAGCUUUUCUCGACGAGGAACACGAAGGACCAGAGCAUAUAUCGCCCAAUGACAACAACGAUUAUACACUAGGAAAAAUAGGUGGUCUAGGUUCCGUUCAGCACUCUGUUAGGUAUACCCCCCUUCCAAGUGCCGGUGGGAAGAAUCUUGAUUGCGUUAUAUAUAGGUCUGGUGCUCAGGAUUAA